UUUCAGUCUUGUUGACGUUGAUAACCUAAAUCUUCUAUCUAAAAUCAUCAUUCGCGCAGGAGAACGGUGACACAAUGGCAAUGUUCAGAGGACUGUCAGCGUUAAUUCUUCUAAGAACAAUGAUUGUGAUUGAAACCCUAAAGGUUCCUGACAAAAUCCCUCUGAUUGAAGCUGAACUCGGUCAAACUGUGAAUCUGACAUGUGAUACAUCUGGUCGGCAAAGUGGGUUGUUUUACUGGUAUAAAAUGGAUUAUGGACAUAUGGUCCAAACAGUUGUUAGCGGCCCUUCGACAAACGUAAAACUUGAUAAUAACUUUAGAAACUCAAGGUUUCAAGUUAAAAAUGUGGGAGGCAAAAAUUGUCUCAUCAUCAAAAAUGUCAGCAAAGAGGAUGAAGCAACAUAUUUUUGUCAGACAGGGUCAGUAAAUGACAUGACCUUUGUUAAUGGCACAAACCUGGCUGUGAAUGAUUCUCAAAAUAAGAAGUCUUUCAAUGUGAUUCAAACUUCAGAAGUGAAGUCAGAUUUUCCUGGAACUGAAGUGACUCUACAGUGUUCACUUCUAUCAAAGAAAAAAGAAAAACAAAGCACAGACGAGUGUGCAGAUAAACAUGAUGUGUUCUGGUUCAGAGCAGAAUCAAAAUCGAAACCAGGAUUCAUCUAUGCUGAUAAAAAAAGUUGCAAUAAACAAGCAGGAAGCAGCUGUGGAUACCGUCUGGCUAAAACUAUACGAAGCUCCUCCGACUACUACUGUGCUGUGGUCACUUGUGGGGAGAUCCUGUUUGGAGAGGGAACCAAAGUGGAGACAAGUAAGCUUUUAGGAGAAGAAUUGUUCCUGUAUGCUAUUGUAUUGCUUGGAGGACUUUUGGUUUGUUCUGUUCUUGUGAACAUCACUUUGAUUUUCCAAAGAAGAAAGCCAAAACGACAUUGUGAAAAUCUCAAAGAGAAUACAACAGUCACAAGUCUUACUGAACUGGAUGAGGAUCAGCCAUGCAAUGUGGAGGAUGAUGCGGAGGAUGGGUUGAACUAUGUGGCUCUAAAUUUCUCUUCACGAAAAUCUACAAGAAGGAAGAGUAAGAGGGAGACAUCGGACAACUGCACAUAUUCAAACAUUAAACUGUCCAUGAAAGGCAGCAUCCAUCAAAGGGAUAAUAUAAAAUGAACAUAUGUACAAAAACAUUUGA